CUUUGAUGCUCAGUGAUGCGGUUCAAAUAUGGCGGCUGUUGGAGAAUUGUAAACUGUGUAGAUCUAUGUCUGAAUAAAACCUUCGCAACAACGGUUAAUCAUAUCUCUACAAUCUACAUAUCGACAGAUCUUCGUCGGUCGCGAGUCAUGCACGUACAUUCGGAUCAUCGCUGCAUAGACUGCAUUUGAUUGACCAUUUGAUGCUGUUGGUGUUACUGUAACUGUUCACAUCGAAAUCAUAACGAAACGAUGCCGACGAUGGGUAUGACUAUGAGUAUGACCCCAACUACUCGAAGGAGUUAUUGUACUUUCAUAUUGUCUGUGUGUUUUUCACUUUUUGUGGAUUCCGUAUUAUGUAUCAACAUAGAUUUUGAUGAUAGUAAUGAUGGUUUCUUCUUAAAGUCAUCCUAUAAAUUCAAACCUGCAGAACCCAAUGUUGUGAGAGAAUCCCUCAUCUUAACCCACCCAGCUGAAGUGUAUAAACUGAGGGCCAGCUAUGGACCCUUUGAAAUGUAUGAGGUUGUGCCAAAUGAAAUACUUAACAGUUUAACCAAAUCUGGAGACAUAUUUGAAACGUUUAGCGAUGACAUGCACAGACAUGUCAUGCAUAAUCUGGAUGUCAGUGCCCAUCUUGUUUCACAAACAAUAGUUCCGGCGCAGCCGUGGAUCCAGGUCCUGAUACAUGUCCAGACCCUGUCCAGAAAGCAGAAGCAGGACAUGAUCUACCAUUACUAUGGCAUCACACAGAGGUGGUGUGCACAGGUUUUUGUUUCCAGGGGGAGCGAGACGCACACAGCAGUGUGCUUGCUUGAUGGCGAUCAGAGCGCUUGUGUAGCAAGCCUACCUGUUCCAGAGCACUGGUGGGACACCUCAAACCUGACCUUGUUUGAGCAGGACAUAAGAGUGGAGUAUGAUCUCUCCAGAGUUGAGCAGAGCCAGGAAUGUGCCAGCGUGUCCAACACCAUUGUCCCCUCACGAGCGGAAGUACAGUCCGACAACCCAGACAAAAAAUACCUUGCCAGUGUCCAUCUGCUUCAGGAACAGGUUGUAUAUGCUGACCAUAAAGAUAAAGAUCUAGUCUUUAGAGUACCUCAGAUGGAUCUUCAAGCAAAUACAAGAUUUGAAGUUCCAGUUUUCUUGGAUAAGAAUUCUGUCUUGAAAGAGUUUGCUAUUCAAAUGAGGGUAAGAGGGAAUAUAGUGAUGGAAGGAGCUGCACCUUCUAGAGACAGCCCAUGGAUUGUGUCAGUCAACUCCAGCAGCAAGGAUGGAUCUAUCAUUGUUGCUGUCUCCUACAAAGAAAAUGGGAGAAAUGCAAAAAUUGUUAGUACUUCAAGUGUGUAUGAAAUUAUGAGAUACAAGUUCCGUACUUUGUCAACGACCAGUUCUUCAUCUAGUGCCAGAAUCAUCUGGAGUGUUAAUUAUGAGAAGAAUGGCCUAUCUCGAAAUCCGUACUUUGGCUCAGAAACCAGUCGCAUUACUGCCAAAUUUAAUGUUAUUGGCGGUAGAACAGAGAAAGUGAUUGUUGUUAUGAAAGAACGUAAUUUGCUGAAUACAGCCAUUCUGACUGGUACUCCUGUUUCACAUGACAUGAUGGUGUAUUCUUUGUCUUCAAAUAAUACCUUGAAAGAAAUUACAAAAGACUGUUCCUGUAGGUCAACUGACCCUGAAGCACUUCAGGUAUCUCAUUCUUGCGAUGUAGUAUUCAUGGAUGGCAGUGAAACUCGUGGAGCCAAAAAUGUGACUUUGUUGGUCAGGACUGGAGAUCAUGUUUCACAAAUUGGGGUGCGAGUGUGGAUUCCAGAGCCUCGCCUAGACAUCCAACUUUCAGAUUCUAAGCUGAGCCAAAUUCGAGGAUGGAGAGUUCCCUACACACAGCCUAAGUCAAAAAGAAGUGCAGAUGUAAGCAACAUAGGUCUGAGCAAUGUAACAGUUAUAGACAGAGAGAGGUCAGAGCCUCAUUCCUGCGAGUCCAAGUACCAGCAGACUAUGAUUGAUGUCUAUGCCAGGUUCUCCAUCAGUGCACCAGGGGAGUCCACUUUUUACUACCGCAACAAGAAGGUCUUUAUCCGUGUGACGGACUUGGUGAAGGACAGGCUGAAGGUGGCCAACCCAAACAUUGCCCGUAUUGUGGGCAACACUGUACAAGGUGUAUCUCCCGGGCUGACAGAAGUGCAGGUCAUUUCACCAACUGGUAAACUAUUGGGAGCCAAAGAAAUAAAAGUGGCGAAAGACAAAGUGGCGAUAGAGCGGCUGCUGGUGCGGGUUAUUAGUGGCAUGGGUCUGCGCAUUUCAGAAGAUCCCAAUUUGCCAGGGGCACUCUUGGCCACUGUCACUCUUAGAGACCAGCUGGUUGCUAAACAGCAGGAGGCAGUGCUUGACAUAGCGGUGGAGUUUAAAGAUGGCUCUAUGCUCCCACUUGCUCAAGUCCCGGCCGAGGAGUAUGAGCUAGAGGUAACAUCUAUGAACACAGAUGUGGUUGAGGUAACAGAGGCACUUCCUCCCAUCCCAGCCAUGCCACCUAGCAUCAAAGCCAUCGGAAAUGGAAAAGGAGAAAUAGUGCGUGUAACCCUCAGGGAAAUCGAGAUGUGUAGCAAGAAAACAAUUAGAAGCUUGGACUCUGAGUAUGUUCAUGUUCAGGUUGACUUUACUAAAGACUUAGAUUUCUUCAACUUGGUCCAGAGUGAUAGUAACUAUUACCACAGAUCAAAUGAGAAACGUCCCUUGAAUAAUGAGCAGGAAAUGUACAGUCACAAAGAUGACUAUUUCAAGCACCAACAGAAAAUGUCAAAGAAACAUGAGUUGGAGGAAGACUCCAACUACUAUAAAUCAUCUAAGUCUGGUCCCAAGGUAUUUCCUGUGGUAGAUGAUUUGGAAAAACUAGAAUCCUACACUGCCUCUGAUGACUCUGAUGAUGCCACAAAGGAGCCCAAAUCGGAAGCCUUGGAACAGCCAGUUAGCACCAAGGCUAAACAUCCUUCACCUCUAGAGAUUGGAAUGUAUGUUUUGGUGGCUGUCUUUGUUUUUGCCAUCCUUGUCUUCACUGCCAACUGUGCUGUCUUCAUGGUGAGAUACCAGCGCAAGCGCUCCCCUAAGAAUUCAAGGGUGAUGACUGGGUCCAUAUCACAGGCCCCUGACUGGGUUUGGAUUGGGCGUGCCACCUUGGAAAGGAGUGGUGCAGGAAGUGCCGGGUGCAACCAUGCCCUGAUGGCAGAGGAAGACUUCAAUGGAAAUCAGAUGGUUGUGCCUAACGCCCUACCCGCAGAAAGACAACGACAAAGCCAGAGGAGACCUGUGAGUGGUGAUCUGAAUGUCAGCAACACUACCAGCGGAGUCACUGGCUCAUCUGAGAGCAACCGCAGCAGCUUAGUGUCAACCUAUAAAGGCUCUGAAUGCAGCAUUAGGAUAACCUCCAAUCCACUUCCAGACAACGACUGUGGCAUGGGCUACAAUGAAGCUGAGUGGGACUACGAAGCAAUGGGCAUGACCUAUGAGCAGCUGAUGGAGUAUUUUGAUAACCUUAAGGAAUCCUCUGCAUAAUGCAGACUCAGCCUGGAAUGUGUAUAAUCUAACUAGCUGACUCUUCACUGUGUUUGAACCUUUCUCUUCCCUACUACAUCAAACUAUUGCAUCCAGCAUCAAAUAUUCUCAACAAAAAAAAAAUGUGCUGUGAAACAUAUUUCUGAGACUAUUGAACAAGUUAUAUGAAUAUCUGACUCAGUGCUGGUCAAACCACAGACUUGUCUGUUUUUAUGUCCAAUUGAAUAUUUUCUUUGAGGGCUGUGAAAUUAUUUCUAUUCAUUCAACUUUUUAGCUGCAAUUGGAAACACUUGUGAAUCGUCACUUUGGUUCUUUCCCUUACAUAUCAUUUAGAAAUAAGGCUCUAAAUUUUCUAAUAAUUUAACACAUUUUUUUUAAACAUUAAGUUGUUAACUUCUAAUGAAAUCUUUAACAAUCAUUUCUUUAUCUCUUGUGGCUAAUGUUUUUUUGUUUUUUUUGUAUUCUUUCAUAAACAAAUUAUCUUCAUGUCGAGGCCAGGUUUUAUUUAUUGACUAUGUUUAAAAUACUAGUAAAGGGUGUCUGUAAGUCAGAGUUGGAAUAUAUUAUGUUCUCCUUCAUGAUGUCAUGGAUUGUGGAUUAGCCUUAGUGAAUAGUAUAUAAGGAUACAAUAAGGAUAUUGAUUAUUCUUAUUUGAUAUGCAAGGUCUUUAUCAUAGCAAAAGAAGUGCAGGAGAAGCUCAUUGAAAGAAUUGAGAACAACCCCCAUUCUGUGCUAUUAUGUUUAACACUUGUAGAAACAAAAAUGGCUUAUGAUUUUCCUAAGUAGUCAAUGCAUAAUGUUCAUUAGUAUUAGUAAUUGCUUAGUCAAUAAUGUGUAUACCUCAUGUAUUUAUUUCUUAAGUAUUAUGUAUACAAUUUUAUUAAUGACAUAUAUAUAUAUAUAUAUAUUUUGUUUACACAUGACGAUUUUACUUUGGUUUCCUAAGUCCACUGUUGUAAACUUUCAUGUAUUGUAUAGACAAAUUUUCUAAGCACGAUGGAUGGGAAGAAACCAAAAGCUGGUUCUGAGUUUUAUAUAUAUAUACACCAUCAUGUACGAAAUGUAUUUUUUUUUUUUUCAAUGUUGCUUUCUGUAAAAAAAAUAAUUUUUAAAUAAUUGCUUUAUGUGGAGCUAAACAUCAAAUACUUUUUUUUAAUUCAUUUUUUUUUAUGGCAUUUAUGUUUUUGGAUAUUAAGGCUAAGUAGUACAUUUUCUUGAGUUGCCUGCAGGUUGUGUGGUGGAUGAUAUCAUCUUUAUGUGUUGAAUAUCUUUUUGUUGUUGUCUAGUAUUGUUGAUAUGUAUAGUUUAUACAUAAUUCUGUGUAUUCAAUAAUGGCACCAAUUUUUUCCUUGAAGAUGCUACACUGUACUAUUCUAAUUGUGUUUGACGAAAUAAAUCUAGUUCAGUCUGUUGAUUACUGUUGGCUGCUACAAGGUCAGGAAAAAAAAAAGUUUCACCCUAUGUCUGUAAAAGACCGAACAACAAUAUACUCAAAAUUUUCUUUGUCUAAUAUAUCCUGGAUACUAUCUGUUAAAUUAGGAUUGAAAAAUUGACAAUCAUAGUUCUCACAUGAAGUCAGUAUUACAUUUGAUCAAGAUGUGUUCAUGUUAACUCCCUAGCUAAUGUCCAGCGUGAUAUGUAGUAAGCAUAACAAACUCCUUUUCUUUCCCUUUACAG